AUGGAACGAUAUUACAAGCGAAAAUCAUCAUCGAUUAGUUCGGACAAUCAUAUUCCAAAUAGUUUAUCUCCAAACUUGGAUAGUUCCAAUCAUAUUCCGAACAGUUCCCCUCCAAUUCCAAGUAGUUCUAAUCGAAUUGGUGGUAAUUCCACUCCACAACAAAAUGAGUUAAAAGUUGAUUUGGAUAAUCUUGAGAGAGACCCCGGAAAGAGAAUUCCAAUGAAGGAUUAUCCUCCAGAUAUUCGAGAUGAGGUCCGAAGAACAUAUAUAUUAAUGGAGCCUUUUAGAGCUAAAGAUCAUGAUUUUCCAUUCACUUUGCAUUCGAAUAAAAAGCGACGGUUCGUUGAUAAUUGGUUGAAGGAAUUUCAUUGGUUGGAAUAUAGUAUAUCUAAAGAUGCUGCAUUUUGCUUUUAUUGCUAUCUAUUCAAAGUCAACUUUGAACAAUCAGGUAGUGACGUCUUUACUGAGGUAGGCUUUCAAAAUUGGAAGCAUGCAAGAGCCUGUUUUGAAAAACAUGUGGGAAUGGUUGGUAGCUUUCACAAUAAAGCUGUUGAAGCUGCUGGUAAUCUAAUGAAUCAAAAGACACAUAUUGAAACAGUUUUGGUCAAACAGUCAGAAGAAGCUCGUAUGGCUUAUCGCACUUGCUUGAAUGCGUCAAUUGAUUGCACUAAGUUUUUGUUGCGACAAGGUCUUUCAUUUCGUGGUCAUGAUGAAAGUGACACUUCAAACAAUAGAGGUAAUUAUUUCGAGCUCUUGCAAUUCCUUGCGGAUCAUGAUGAGAAAAUAAAGGCCGUUGUGUUAGAUAAAGCUCCAGGAAAUCUCAAGCUAAUAGCUCAUUCAAUUCAAAAAGAUCUUGUUCAUUCAUGUUCUAUUGAAACCAUUAAAACUAUCAUAAGUGAUAUGAAGAAUGCUAGGUUCUUUUCUCUAUUGGUUGAUGAGGCACGUGAUGUUUCUAUAAAGGAGCAAAUGGCGGUGGUUUUGCGUUAUGUGGACAAAACUGGGAAAGUCAUUGAAAGGUUUGUAGGAGUUCAACAUGUUCCCGACACCACUUCAAACACAUUAAAGGAGUCUAUUGAUGCCUUCUUUCAUUUCAAUGAGUUGAGCUUCUCCAAUUUACGAGGGCAAGGUUACGAUGGUGCUAGUAAUAUGAAAGGUGAGUUCAAUGGACUCAAGACAAAGACUUUGAAUGAUCAACCUUGUGCAUUCUAUGUUCAUUGCUUUGCUCAUCAACUCCAAUUAGCUCUUGUUGCCGUAACAAAGAAUAAUGUUGAUGUUAACACAUUCUUUCUAUUGGCUAAUAAUGUGGUAAAUAAUAUUGGAGCUUCAUGUAAGCGUCGUGAUGCACUUAGAGAGAUGCAACAAAAAGAACUUAUGAAAGCUCUUGAAAAUGAUUCUCUUAUGACGGGACGAGGCUUAAAUCAAGAAACUAGUCUCAAACGUGCCGGAGCUACAAGAUGGAAUUCACAUUAUGGUACUUUGAUUAGUUUGAUUAUAUGUUCUCAUCCGUGGUCAAUGUGCUUGAAAUGA